UGGUCCCCUGCAGAUCCAUGUGUCCUCGCUGGUUCUUCUAGCAGCAGAUCACCCCCCCGGCAUCAUGUCGGCGCCUCAGACCCAGCAGGAGAGCAGCGAGGCGGGCUGGCCCGGCCUGGAGGCUCUGGGUCUCAGUCAGAAGGAGCUGGUCCUGGCCGAGGCGCUGCAGAUGGAGUACGACGCUCUCUCCAGACACAAGAAGGACCAGAGCGGGACAGAACCCGACCCGACCCGGUCCAGAGCCCCCAGCCAGACCCGCUCCAAGACCCCCAAUCCCACCAUAGAGCGCCCCCGACCCAGACCCUCAGUCCCUGCCCCCCCAGGAGGAAGCCUGCUGAGGGGUCUCUCAGGGUCCGACCCCUCCCUGAACCAGAACCAGCCUGGAGGCUCUCAGUCUCCUCCCUCCAUCCCAGCCAGGGUGCUCCCUCCUCGGGGAGGCUUCCUCACAGAGUCCCUGUACAUCCUGGAGGGUCCGGAGCUCGGCAAGAUCCGGCCCGGCUCCAGCCUCGGAUCUGGAUCCGGGUUUCCUCCCAAAGGCUUCCCGUGUUUUCCAGAUGAUGUCCCGCCCGCCCUGCCCCCGAGGAACCCCCUCCCCCUGCCGUCGGAGAACCCGUUUCUGCCCCCUCGGGGGUCCAACGCGCCACGCGACGUGAACCUGUUCACGCCGGACCUGGACCCGCCCAAGGUCUCGGCCUCGGAGCUGAACUACGACAACAUUAACGACUCGCUGUCCCGACUCAACGAGACCCGGACCGGGCCGCGGGGCCGCAGGGCCAACGCCGCAGGGGACCAAUCGGGGAAGCCCGUGGCUCGCAGUAAGACCCUCCCCCCUCAGGUCCCGCCCAGGACCUACAUACCCGUUGCCAAGAGCAACAAGAACCAGCGGAGGGUUUCUGCAGACCCGGUGUCUCUGGGCUCCAGGGCCAAUGGGUUUGGUUACGAGCUGUUCCAGGUGUCGGAGGAGAGGGACGAGGAGGUCGCAGCCUUCUGCCACAUGCUGGAUGUGUGAGGACCACACACACACACACACACAC